AUGGCUUCCGCAAUGGUAUUCUCAUUUUCAAGGGUGAUUUUGGUAUGUUUUGCCUUUUGUUUACCUCUCCCACUCCAAGGAACCCCAGAAUCCCCUUUCCAUAACCCAAAUGCCAAAACUUUUUCAAGCUCGGAAGAUGAUCUAUUAUAUCCAUUAUCCCCGGUUGUUCAAAUGGGCAAACACAAUUUAAUGAAAUUCGGCAUCGGCACCCCGCCAUUGGAGACCUUCGCAAUUCCUGACACUGCAAGCAACCUCAUUUGGUUGCAAUGCGGUUGCACUAAUUGUUACACCCAAACCUCACCAACUUUUGAUCCUAAAAAAUCAUCAACCUACGAAUCAAUAAAAUGUUCGUCAGAUAAUUGCAAGAACACGGCUUACAGUACUAAUUGCAAUGGCUUAGAUCCCGAUUGUUCUUACAAUCUAUCAUUCCAGGAUAUCGGUACCAGCAGUAGAGGACAUAUAGCCAUGGAAACAUUAACGUUUCAAGACGGCCUUAACCGAAAAUAUCCCAUGUUUAACAUGACUUUCGGAUGUGGUCAAGAUAAUAAAGAUACAUUCGGUUUCAAAGUUCCAGGAAUUAUGGGUCUAAGUAAUCACAGUUCUUCACUUAUAGGACAGUCAAGUUUCAUUGACUUCUCUUACAUCUUCUUUUCUAAUGCUAGCAUAGGCCGUAGCGAAGUCCGGAUUGGUUUUUCGCCCAUUACUGGGCAUCUCACCACCGCAUUGGCUCCUAAUAGUAAAGGUUUGUACAUUUUUAAAGACGUAGACGGCAUUUAUGUUGAGGGUGAAAAGGUAGAUAUACCGGAGUCAGUAUUUGGAUAUGUGGAGGGUGAAUCUGGUGGUCUGAUUAUUGAUACUGGAGCCACGUUUACCGAACUUAAUCCUUUGGCCUUUGAUGCGUUGAUACGGAAAGUAAAGGAUUUUAUGCCAACUGAUAUGGUAGAGAAAAGAGAUGUUAGUGGUGAAAAAUGGGAAUUGUGUUAUGAUAACAAGUAUCGAGGUACUACUAAUAUUCUGCCGGAGAUAGAAUUCCGGUUUAGGGGCACCGAAGCAACUUUUCCUCUAAAAGACAAGAACGCUUGGAUUGAUAAUAAUUUAGGGCAAUUUUGCUUAGCCAUAAAGAGAGGUGUUAAAGAUGGGCUUUCGCGUUUAGGAAUCUUUCAACAAAGGGAUAUUAAUGUCGGGAUACAAGUGAUGCAGGCUCGGGUUUCUUUCAAUUACCAAAUUUGA